AUUUACUCAUUCUAUUCUGUUUGUCACUUUACACUGUAUUGUUAUUAUUAUAAAACCUUUAGCGAUAAAUACGUAAAUUGCAGAAAAAACAAACCCAACUAAGAUUUGAUACCUAACAGAUACUAUAUUCAAUGAAUACAGUGACUAUUUUGUAGGUUAGUACAUUUUUUCUGCAUAAGUAACAUUGAAGGUUAUAUUAGAAAUUUCAAAGUUUUUAAGAGUAAAAUGGCACUGAAUUACGUGCGCCAAAUUGUUAAGGUGGCCACUAGCACCAUAAAUAGACCUAGCAUAGUUCAACGAUUGAUUGCUACUAGUGCGCCGGUUCGAAUUGGCAUGAUACCCAUAGUAGUGGAGCAAACAGGCCGGGGUGAGCGCGCGUACGAUAUUUACUCUCGAUUGCUUCGAGAAAGGAUUAUCUGCCUCAUGGGACCGAUCACCGAUGAACUGAGUUCGCUUGUGGUAGCUCAACUUCUCUUCCUCCAAUCUGAAUCUAGCAAGAAACCUGUACAUCUGUACAUCAACUCACCUGGCGGUAAUGUGACUGCUGGAUUAGGUAUCUACGACACUAUGCAGUAUAUAACUCCACCCGUCGCUACAUGGUGCGUUGGACAGGCGUGCAGUAUGGCAUCAUUACUCUUAGCAGCAGGAGCCUCAGGAAUGCGUCAUGCCCUACCAAACUCUCGCAUCAUGAUCCACCAACCGUCUGGUGGCGUUAGAGGACAAGCUACUGAUAUUCAGAUCCAAGCUGAAGAGAUAUUAAAGCUCAAAGCCCAGAUAAACUGCUUAUAUGUAAGGCACACAGGGUUGCCAACUGAAAAGGUGCAGUUAUCCAUGGAAAGAGACUAUUUCAUGUCACCAACUGAAGCUAAGAAGUUUGGUUUAAUCGACAAUGUUUUGGAACAUCCGCCAUCAAUGAUAGAAAACACUGCGACUAGCCCUAAUUCUCCUACUAACUGAGCUAUUGUUUUAUAAUGUGAUGCAAUGAGACAUUAAGUAUAAGUACUGGUGGUUUAUUAUAUGAAUAUAGCAAAUACAUUAUUUUUCAACUGGUUUA